CCCCCGUUGCUGACGAGCUACUUGACGACAUCUAGAGGUACAUUCUCUGCUGACUUCCACAUGAAAGCCAGAAAUCGCUUCACACUGUACCUCUUGUUUAUACCCCUUUUGCACAACUAUGAAAGCCACAUUCAUCUGAACAAAUGCAGCCAUAUAUUUAUGCAGCCUUGCUUUGCCUCCUUGAUUAUAUGCACAAAAUACAUAACAGGUCUGCUUCUUCCUGUUACUUAUCCUCCUUCCAGAGGCAGUUCUCUGAACUGGCUUCAAGCCUGGAUUAGCUUACGGGCUCACCAUAUAGGGUUUGAUGCCUAGUUUUCGUGUCAGUAGCAGUGCGUCAGCUAUAAUGGCUCCGGCCAGCCAGCUGAUUGUUACGAGCAGGUCAAGGCAACCAACUGUGGCACAAAGCAAAAGCUUCGAUA